AUGUCAGAAUCCCUCGCCGCCGCCCAAGUCUCCGCCGCCGCACGCGGUAUGGACCUCGCAACCGCCGUUGGCAAAGCAGGCGGACUCGGUCUCAUCAGCCUCGUAGCAGAGGCCAGCACGACCGCCGGAAUCCAAGUAGUCAAAUGGCUCGCCCGCGAACGGUUGAAUGAAGAAGCAUUUCUCCAGACCAUGCGCGCGUACCAGGAUUUCGCGCAUCCAAACACCAACGGCCAGGUGAUUUUGGCACAGCUCCAGAUUGGUGCGAGUAAACUGUUUGGUCUGCAGCUGGUUAUGCCGGGGGCGUUGGGGAGUACGAUUUUAAGAGAUAAGGAGUUGAGAUGGGUUGCUACUACUGAGGCUGUGAUGUUGAAAUAUCAUUUACCGGCGGCUGUGGAGAAGACUUUUAUUGAUAUCUUCUUGAUGAGAGCGUAUCCGAAUGAGAGCAGACAGUCGAGGUUGUUUUUCGCCAAAGAGCAAAUUCACGCAGUGGUGCAGAAGAUGACGGAUAGUAUUCACUUGCAUACUGUGAACGCUGGUCUGGAAAUCAGUCCUCUUCCGGAGGAGUUUGAGAAGUUUGUCGGCCAUCGUAUGGUCGCUCAAGAUUUCGCUCGCGCUGUUCAUAGUAUUCAGGAAAGAAGUGGUACAGAUAUCGUUGUGCAAGUAAAAUACUUCGCGGCUGAUCUAUUGUGUUGGAUUUACAAUCACUGGGACGGGGUUUUGGCAGUGAGCAUGCAAGGAAAAUUGGUAUUCGAUAAGGUCCUUGGAACAUCGCCUGAGACUCUCACAUUUUUUGUUGUGGAAAUCCCAGUGGAUAAGUGUCUCGUUACUACGAAUUCCGAAAGCUGUAGGAAUACAGAUCACGUUCUGGGAUUUAGAAUCGGUGGACGAUAUGGCUCGACCUUCGACAUAGACCCGAAGACAGCUUGGAAUAAAGGUUUCCACGAUCAUGGGGGAUCUUUCACGUCUGGGACUCGUAUCCCGUUAUACGGAUUCAUGAAUCCUCACAGUGGAACUUAUCUCUCCUUGAAUAAAAAGGAGCUAAAUAUGGCUCUAAGCUCCGCACAACGCAUUGUUGCAUCCCUGAUGGAUACCACCGUCUAUGGAACCCCUCUUGCUCUCAGAUUCAAACUUAACGACAAAGAGGGUAGAAAAUUCAAGUGGUGGGUGAGGACAAGUCCAACAAUUCUUCAACAGAACCUCGGGAACGAUAAAAUAGUGCCGUUUGCUUUUUUGUUGGACGACGUUGAUAGACCGGAAAAGGACAGGAGAGGGGGCGUCGAAUAUCCGGCACAUGAGAUAAUCUUGCGGUUCUCGGAUGUUAUGGACGCACUGGCGGUAGCUCGAGACCGCUGUGAGUGUGGUUGUGAUUCGAAUGAGAAGCAAGACUUUCGAGGGUUCCGGACUCUACAAUAUGAUCGGCUUAAUGAUGGUUGUAUUCAAACUCAUAUGUUUACACAGAUCAUGUUGUUAUUGGGAAACGCCUUUGCAGAAGCUGCAGGUGCCAAAGACAUUUCAAACCUUAGGGGGGAGGAGUCCCAUUUCAGUCUCGUUAAAGCCACUAUGCAUUUGCUUGUAGAUCUCAUUCAAACACACCAUGUUCAAUGGGAAACAUGGUUUAGAUUAGCAGCUUCUGCAAUCACCGGUCUCCCUUUUGACCUCGCGCUUAACACCACCUUCAUUAGGCUUAUAUUUUGGCAAGCAGGACCAAUGACAAUUGUCCCUCUAUGGUUCAAUUUCGACCAAGAAAUCAACUUGGAGUCUUCGUGGGGAGUCCAAACAGUCCGUGGUAAUAUCCAAGGCAUUGAAAGUGAGUGGGCUGUAGUUGCAUCGGAGGAUACUCUUGCGGGGGAUGAUGGCGAUGAGGAGCGCCCGAAACCAGAGUUUGUGUCUGGCGGCUCAGUGGAUGACUCAUCGUGCAAUAUAACGUACGCCAUAUUCCCCAAAACCGAAUAUCUGUAUAGCCAAAUGAUGAUGGUCCGCACCGAAGGCUCUAUUCGGGCUUUAAGCCCCUCCGAUAUUUACUUUGGACUUGUAAAUACACAACAUCCUUCGUGCAACCACGAGGUCCACGCUGAACACAAAGCUCAAGUACAUCCGUACACGUUCAGCGAUGUAGCAAUUAAAUGGUCAAUGAGCUCCAACAGCUCUAUGGACCAGAUACUGAACAUUCCUGACGGUCAAGAACCGAUCCCGCAUAUAGCAUUACUGCAGGAUAAUUGGUUGAAGAGUAAUAUUGCCAUAGGUUUUCAGGGCGAUGUGGGUUUUGGUAUAGUAAGGAUAAUAAAGUCAACUAUACAGGUGUUUGGGCUGGGGUAG